UGUCUACCGCGGCGCUCGGCUCGGCUCGCUCUCCCGCCACUUUGUCAUAGUGUUGCGCGCGCAACUUAACACUCUCACCUAACCUCAAUCUCGUCAUGUGCAUGUGUUUACCGCGAGUGACGUGAAGUGUCCGAUGUUGGUGAUGGACUCCCCGGUCCCGGUCCAGGAGGAUGGUACCAUGAACAACAACAACCACCCUCACAAAGUCAGGUACCUGUCGUGGCAUCCUCACGUAUAUGCCAACCCUCCCAAGCAGCCUACUCCUCACAUGAUCACCGACAUCCUAGGCUGGACCCGGGGCGACGCCCCCGUGGUGCAGGGUGACGAGCCUCUCAACCUGACAGUCCGCAGUCGCUCUCCCCAGAGGCCCUUCCGAGAGCCGUCUUCCAACGGCGUCGACAAGCCCGUCAAUGGGAGGGUGGACAAGCCGGUGAUCCGACGGUCUACUCCUGGAGUCAACAAAGAUGGCAGUCCCGCGAAGAAGAAGGCCAAGAAGGAAGGUAUCGGGGUGCUGGGCAAGGUGAGCCCCCCUGUGUUGCCCCCCGUCCCCUCCGUAACCCCCCUGGUCAGUCCUGGGGUAGAGAGCGACGGUCACUCGUCGGACGGUGAUCGGAAGAGGAAGAAGGCAAGGACCACGUUCACCGGGAGACAGAUCUUCGAGCUGGAGCGACAGUUCGAGCUCAAGAAGUACCUCUCGUCGUCGGAGAGAGCCGACAUGGCGAAGCUGCUGGGCGUUACGGAAACGCAGGUUAAGAUCUGGUUCCAAAACCGGAGGACGAAGUGGAAGAAGCACGACAACAUCAGUAACGCGGAGGCGGCAGAGCACAAGCCGGCGGGCGGCAAGCCGGAGGCGGCGCCUGGAGGCGGUACAGUUGGAGGUGGGACUACUGGAGGUGGCACUACUGGAGGUGGCACUACUGGAGCUGGCACCCCUGUCAGCGACAAGAGAUCCGCCGGCAGUAGUGAGGCAGAGGAACACUCGUCCUUGGAUGGCUCCGAGAGUUGCUUCAGUGUGGACUCCAAGCCCCCUGGUCCCCUGUCCCCCAGCCCCCCGGCUAUCACGGCCCCCCUCACAGCGCUCACGCCGCCAGCACCGUCCCCCGUCCCUUCCAUACCACCAGAGGAGCCCCCCAGCUAACUAACAACCCCCCUCUGAACUCUCGUCCUGUCUCUUCCUCGGGUACAGGCCCGACUGUAACUAGUGUUAGUGUUUCGACUAAACCUAGAGUAAGCCAAAACUUGUAAUAUUCUAAUACAACUUGGGUCGAUAGUCGGAGUGAUGUUUAUGUACCAAGUUAAAUGCCAACACAGUUAUAGUUAAUUUUGUUUCGGAAUCGCAUAAAGUAUACUUAGAAUUACUUCAUAGUAAAAAAAAAAACAUGAAUAUAAUAUGUUUGCAUUCCAAUAUGCUAAGAACCUGAAGUUUUAAUCUAAUAACAUGUCAUAUUGACGUAUUAUUUCAAACUAUACAAACCUGUAUUCACUUCAAUUGUUUAUCUUGACACGAUGUUUAUAUUAUGACUGGAUUGUACCCCCUGUAGAAUGUAUUCCGACACAUCACUCCGACGACGCCAUCAAGUUUGACUACUUAUGCCUUGUCUCACUUUCCUUAGUGAUUUUGUGAUAACGAACUUCUUCUCGCUGUAGGCUAGAGUCGGUUGAUCUAUUCAUUUCUACUUAAGUAUACACAGUGAGUUUAUACCAUUUGCAUUGAAGCAUAUCAUUUGACACUGUUGUAGGCGUUUUCUGCCGAGUCGUGGUCAGAUUUAGGUGUUAUUCGGUUCAUGUUUCUAUCAAGGUUUAUAUUUAUAAAAUAUACGAUUGUAUAUGAUAGUUUUGUAAAUUUUACUUUUUCUGACGAGUUAGAAAUUUGUACUAGUAUUUAUACGAGCUCUUCUCUGUAUAGAUGAAACGAUUACAGGAAUACAUGUGACUAGUGUACAGAUAGUAUAGGAUGUAACAUAUUAUGUACGAUGCUCUAUAUUUUUAUUACAACAAGUUGUAUUUUUGUCGGCUGAUUCUGUAGAUCUCAGCAGCGUACAUCAGAGUCUGUUUAUUCAUUAAGUGUCAUCAUAGCUGUUUGGCUAAUAUUUGGUAUAUUCAUGUGUUGACUUAUAUUUUAUAUUGCAUAUUUUGUUUAAGGGUCUACAAAUGUACUAAUAAUUGUCAACUGGGUUGAAGAUUUUUUUUCAUAAUUUGGUUGUCACUUUGGGUCCCAAUUUGGUUGUUACUUAGAAAUUAUAUCA